CCGCCCCGCGCCCGCCGCCGCCGGCCCGCGCCCCCGGGCCGCCCCCCGCCCGUGACGCGCUCCCCGCCCCCUCCGCGCCGGGAGCCGGAGCCCGAGCCGGAGCCCGAGGACGGCGAGGGGCGCGGGCGGCGGAGGAGGCGGCGGGGGAGGGAGGAGGAUGCGGCCGGUGCCGCGGGGCCGCCGCCGCCGCCGCCGCCUCUGAGCCGCGCCGAGCGCACGGAGCGCAGCCGCGUCGCUGCGGUCCCGGCCGCGCCAUGGGGAAGGAGCAGGAGCUGGUGCAGGCGGUGAAGGCGGAGGACGUGGGGACCGCGCAGAGGCUGCUGCAGAGGCCGCGGCCCGGGAAGGCCAAGCUCCUGGGCUCCACCAAGAAGAUCAAUGUCAACUUCCAGGACCCAGAUGGCUUCUCUGCCCUGCACCACGCGGCCCUCAAUGGCAACACGGAGUUGAUCACCCUGCUGCUGGAGGCCCAGGCUGCUGUGGACAUCAAGGACAACAAAGGCAUGCGGCCACUGCACUACGCGGCCUGGCAGGGCCGGAAGGAGCCCAUGAAGCUGGUGCUGAAGGCGGGCUCGGCAGUGAACAUCCCCUCCGACGAGGGCCACAUCCCCUUGCACCUGGCGGCCCAGCAUGGUCACUACGAUGUGUCCGAGAUGCUGCUCCAGCACCAGUCCAACCCGUGCAUGGUGGACAACUCGGGGAAGACGCCCCUGGACCUGGCCUGUGAGUUCGGUCGCGUCGGGGUGGUCCAGCUGCUCCUAAGCAGCAACAUGUGUGCAGCCCUGCUGGAGCCACGGCCUGGUGACACCACUGACCCCAAUGGCACCAGCCCCCUGCACCUGGCAGCCAAGAAUGGCCACAUCGACAUCAUCAGACUCCUCCUCCAAGCCGGCAUUGACAUUAACCGACAAACCAAGUCCGGCACAGCCCUGCAUGAGGCUGCGCUCUGCGGGAAGACAGAAGUGGUUCGGCUGCUGCUGGACAACGGGAUCAAUGCCCAUGUGAGGAACACCUACAGUCAGACGGCCCUGGACAUCGUGCACCAGUUCACCACGUCCCAGGCCAGCAAAGAGAUCAAGCAGCUGCUGCGAGAGGCCUCGGCAGCACUGCAGGUCCGGGCGACCAAGGAUUAUUGCAACAAUUACGACCUGACCAGCCUCAAUGUGAAAGCUGGGGACAUCAUCACAGUCCUUGAGCAGCAUCCAGACGGCCGGUGGAAGGGCUGUAUCCAUGACAACCGGACAGGCAACGACCGUGUGGGCUACUUCCCGUCCUCCCUGGGUGAGGCCAUCGUCAAGCGAGCAGGUUCCCGAGCAGGCGCCGAACCAAGCCCAUCCCAGGGAGGCGGCUCAGCGGGGCCCUCUGCGCCCCCCGAGGAGAUCUGGGUGCUGAGGAAGCCUUUUCCAGGUGGGGACCGCAGUGGCAGCUUGAGCAGUGUGGCCGGUGGCCGGAGCAGUGGGGGCCACACCCUGCAUGCAGGCUCUGAAGGAGUCAAGCUCCUGGCAACUGUGCUCUCCCAGAAGUCUGUCUCUGAGUCCAGCCCUGGGGACAGCCCUGUCAAGCCUCCGGAGGGCUCCACAGGUGUGGCCCGGUCCCAGCCUCCAGUGGCCCAUGCCGGGCAGGUCUAUGGGGAGCAGCCAUCCAAGAAGCUGGAGCCAGCAUCGGAGGGCAAGAGUGCCGAGGCUGUCAGCCAGUGGCUUGCCACAUUCCAGCUGCAGCUCUACGCCCCUAACUUCAUCAGCGCGGGCUACGACCUGCCCACCAUCAGCCGCAUGACCCCUGAGGACCUCACAGCCAUCGGGGUCACCAAGCCGGGCCACCGGAAGAAGAUCACUGCAGAGAUCAGCGGCCUGAGCAUCCCCGACUGGCUGCCUGAGCACAAACCCGCUAACCUGGCCAUGUGGCUGUCCAUGAUCGGCCUGGCCCAGUACUACAAGGUGCUGGUGGACAACGGCUACGAGAACAUCGACUUCAUCACUGACAUCACCUGGGAGGACCUGCAGGAGAUCGGCAUCACCAAGCUGGGACACCAAAAGAAGCUGAUGCUGGCAGUGAGGAAACUAGCUGAGCUGCAGAAGGCCGAGUACACCAAGUAUGAGGGGGGACCCCUGCGCCGGAAGGCGCCCCAGUCGCUUGAAGUGAUGGCCAUUGAGUCGCCGCCUGCGCCUGAGCCUGCCCCAGCUGACUGCCAGUCUCCUAAGAUGACUACCUUCCAGGACAGCGAGCUCAGUGGCGAGCUGCAGGCUGCAAUGACUGGCCCGGCCGAGGGGGCUGCCGCUGCUGCCGCCACCACUGCUGAGAAGCCCUCCAACCACCUGCCGCCCACCCAGAGGGCCUCCAUGCGGCAGGAGCCCAGCCUGGGUGGGCGGGCACGACACAUGAGCAGCUCUCAGGAGCUGCUUGGCGAUGGGCCCCCUGGGCCUGGCAGCCCCAUGUCACGAAGCCAGGAAUACCUGCUGGAUGACGGGCCAGCCCCCGGCACCCCACCCAAGGAGGCCCGGCCCAGCCGCCAUGGCCACAGCGUCAAGCGGGCCAGUGUGCCCCCGGUGCCCGGAAAGCCACGGCAGGUCCUUCCGCCAGGUGCCAGCCACUUCACACCCCCCCAGACGCCCACUAAAACCCGGCCAGGCUCCCCCCAGGCCCUGGGGGGACCAGCCCCAGCCACAGCCAAGGUGAAGCCCACGCCACAGCUGCUGCCACCAACGGAGCGACCCAUGUCACCCCGCUCACUGCCUCAGUCACCCACACACCGUGGCUUUGCCUACGUGCUGCCCCAGCCUGUGGAGGGCGAGGCAGGGCCAGCUGCUCCAGGACCUGCACCCACAGCCAUGCCCACGCCCGUGCCCACGCUGUGCCUGCCCCCCGAGGCCGAUGUAGAGCCAGGGAGGCCCAAGAAGCGCGCCCACAGCCUGAACCGCUACGUGGCAUCUGACAGCGAGCCGGAGCGGGACGAGCUGCUGGUGCCGGCUGCCGCGGGGCCCUAUGCCACAGUCCAGAGACGCGUGGGCCGCAGUCACUCGGUGCGAGCACCUGCCGGCGCCGACAAGAACGUCAACCGCAGCCAGUCCUUUGCCGUGCGGCCCCGAAAGAAGGGGCCCCCACCGCCCCCACCCAAGCGCUCCAGCUCAGCCAUGGCCAGUGCCAAUCUGGCCGAUGAGUCAGUGCCAGAUGCUGAGACUGAGAGGGCUGGGCCUGAGGAUGGCCUGCUAGGGGUCCGGGCACAGCGCCGGCGGGCUAGCGACCUGGCCGGCAGCGUGGACACAGGCAGUGCCGGCAGCGUGAAAAGCAUCGCAGCCAUGCUCGAGCUAUCGUCCAUUGGGGGUGGGGGCCGGGUAGCCCGCAGGCCCCCUGAGGGCCAACCCACGCCUCGCCCUACCAGCCCAGAGCCAAGCCGGGUGGCCACGGUGCUGGCCUCAGUGAAGCACAAGGAAGCCAUCGGGCCUGAUGGUGAGGUGGUGAACCGGCGCCGCACACUCAGCGGGCCCGUCACAGGACUUCUGGCCACUGCCCGCCGGGGCCCUGGGGAGCCAGCGGGGCCUGCAGAUCAUGGCCACCUUGUGGAGGAUGGCGCUGCCCGACAGCGGCCUCGAGGUCCAGCCAAGGGUGAGGCGAGUGGGGAGGGCCUGCCUCUGGCCAGGGUGGAGGCCAGCGCGACGCUCAAGAGGCGCAUCCGAGCCAAGCAGAAUCAGCAGGAGAGCAUCAAGUUCAUCUUGACUGAGUCCGACACGGUCAAGCGCAGGCCCAAGGCCAAAGAGCGGGAGGCAGGUCCCGAGCCACCCCCGCCACUGUCUGUGUAUCAGAAUGGCACAGGCACUGUGCGCCGCCGACCGGCCUCGGAGCAGGCUGGGCCCCCAGAGCUGCCCCCACCGCCCCCACCUGCUGAGCCCCCCCCCUUUGACUUGAUGCAGCUGCCCCCACUGCCCCCACCUGACGAUGCCCGGAAGCCAGCCAAGCCGCCUGUCUCUCCCAAGCCUGUCCUGGCUCAGCCCGUGUCCAAGAUCCAGGGCUCGCCCACUCCUGCCUCCAAGAAGGUGCCGCUGCCAGGUCCCAGCAGCCCAGAGGUGAAGCGCGCGCACGGCACGCCGCCGCCCGUGUCUCCUAAGCCGCCGCCGCCGCCCACGGCUCCCAAGCCAGCCAAGGCCGCGGCGGGGCUGCAGUCGGGCAGCGCCAGCCCGUCGCCCGCGCCCUCGCCGGCGCGCCAGCCGCCCACCGCCCUCGCCAAGCCGGCCAGCACACCGCCCUCGCUGAGCGCCAGCCCCGCCAAGCCCCCGUCCCCCGGCACGCCCGCACUGCACGUGCCCGCCAAGCCGCCGCGCGCCGCCGCGGCCGCCGCCGGACCUCCCGCCGCGCCCGACGGCGCCUCGCCCGGCGACAGCGCCCGGCAGAAGCUGGAGGAGACGAGCGCGUGCCUGGCGGCGGCGCUGCAAGCCGUAGAAGAAAAGAUCCGGCAGGAGGACGCGCAGGGCCCGCGCCCCGUGGCCGCGGAGGAGAAGACUACAGGCAGCAUCCUGGACGACAUCGGCAGCAUGUUCGACGACUUGGCCGACCAGCUGGACGCCAUGCUGGAGUGACGCGGCUGCACACGGCGGGCCGUACCGCGCCGCCUGGGCUCUGGCCCGAACACUGACGUUUACCUCAGGAUGGGCACCUCUGGGCGAGGCGCGAGCGGGCAGGGCAGUGGGCUGAGGGGGCAGCCGCGGGCACGAGGCGGGGGCAGGCCGAGCUGCCCAGCCCCUGCACAAGCACAACUCCUGCCCCUGGGCCAGGUUGCCGAGGCCGGCCGCCCAGCCUGGAGGACUGCCUGGCUGGGAGACCCAAGGGCUCUGGGCAGAUGCUGCUGCCCCGUGGGUGCCCGUCCCUGUCUGCUGCUCCCUGUGCAAUAACUGCUGGGCCACCGGUCCACCCACCACCAGGCUCUGCCCGCUGUGGGUGGAGGAGGAGCAGCCCCUGGCCUCCCUGCCCUGGGUCCAGUCUGGGCCCACUCUCGGAGGUGGUGGGAGGGGGGCAGGCGCUGUAGCCCCCUCCCCAACCUGUGGCAGAGCACAGGCCUAUGCCCAGCACAGAACUGCCCAGUGGGGACCUGUCAGCCACACCGGCGCAGCACAAGGGGCUGGGGCGGGGGGUCGGGCCCCCUGCCCCACUACACCCCCCAGAAUAUAAGCUAUCAAGAGUAUUAAUUUAUUGGGAAUGAGCUGAAGCAGAUUUCCCCAGAGAAACAAAAAAGGUAUAACUUUAACAAAUAUAUAUUUAAAGAAAGAAAAAAUAUUAUUGAUUCUAUAGAAAACCAUUCACCAACUGUAAGGGCACUGGAGUCUAGCUCGAGACAAAAGCUGUUAGAGGCCCCGGCUGUCUGUCUGUCUGUCCGUUCUUCCCUCCCUUCGUCUAGGAGUGGCAGACCCCUGGCCCAGUAGCACAAACAGGAGGCUGGGGUCUGGGGAGGGGUCCAUGCUCCACCAGGGCCUCCCCUCUACUCUCUCCUGACUUCUCUGCAUCUGUGGAACUCGAAGGAUGUGCCUUGCUUGCUGCCAGGCUGUGUCCUCCAUGCCGUGGAGAUGGUGGGCGGGGGACCUCCCUCCGCUCCCCGGGGGCUAGUGGGAGGGUGCCCCUGGGCUUCAGGGGAGCUAUGCGCACAACGUGGUGAACGUGGGUGUGACAGCAGUGGGUAGGGAGCGUGUAUGCCAGGCUGGGUGUGGAGAGCAUGAGGGUGUGCCUGACCCUCCCUCCCCAGGGCCCCCAGCUGGCCCUGCCCAGGCAGCCAGCCCACCCCCCGACUCUAGUUCCCACGGACGCUUCUGCUCGUGGUCCAAGGCCGUGUUGUGUGGUUCUUCUCGCCCUCUCUCUCUUUUCCUGUCUCUCCCCCAUUUCCAAAAAGUACUGACUGGCCUCCUCUAUUGUGUUUGCUGAUCCAUGUGUGUUGGGCACAACUUUGACAUUUCUUAAAAAAAGAAAGAAUUUAAAAACUGCUGAAAACCAGCGAUUGUGAUAUGGGCGGGUGGAGGGAGCCGACCAAGGUGGUGUCUGGGCAUGUGGUACCCCUUCUGUCACGCCCUGAUGCUUCCCCGAGAGUGGGCGUGCCAGGCCCUCCACCCGGCUUCUCCUCAGUGGGUGCCCCAGCCGGGCUCCAGCAGGCGCCGGUGCAGGUGGGGAGGGGGUUCCAGGCAGGGAGCUACUGUCAGCUGUCAAUAAACAGCAGAAAACGAAGCUGCCUGGCUCAAUUUUUGGGGGCGUGUGUGUUGGGAAGAGGAGGCCAGCCUGUUUCUGGCAGGGAGGGGAAGUCACCGAGAGGGCCACGUCCUGGGGUCGACAAAAAGAGCCCCUUUGUGGCCCCUGCCUAGCCUCCCUCCCAUUGGCUGCUGAUGCCUGUGCACACCAGCAUU